UGCAGUUGAAGGUGAAGAGUCUCCGCGCGCAGCUGCUACUGAGAGGAGAGGAGCUCAGACCCACUUCAGGGAGUCAGUUGUGAAAAUUGAGCCACAAUGGGUCGCAAAGAGAUCAACUGCAGCUGGAAGAAAGUCACCAAUAACAUCAAGGACGUGUUUGAGUUUAGGGAGAUUCUCGGAUCAGGCUCCUUCUCUGAGGUGUUUCUGGUGAGGGAGAGGAAGACGGGGAAUUUCUAUGCUCUGAAAUGUGUGAAGAAGAAGCAGCUGGACCACAGCAACCUGGAGAACGAGAUCACCGUCCUCAAAAGGAUUAAGCAUAAUAAUGUGGUGAGUCUGGAGGAUUUCUAUGAAACACGGACUCACUACUACCUCGUCAUGGAGCUGGUCUCUGGAGGGGAACUAUUUGACCGUAUUCUGGAUAGAGGUGUUUAUACAGAGAAGGAUGCCAGCCUGGUGAUUCGGCAGGUGCUGGAAGCCGUGACUUACCUGCACCAGAACAGCGUCGUCCACAGAGAUCUGAAGCCAGAGAACCUGCUGUUCUAUAACCAGGAUGAAAAGGCUAAAAUCAUGAUCAGUGACUUUGGAUUAUCCAAGAUGGUGGAUCAUGGCGUCAUGCAGACGGCAUGUGGCACUCCUGGAUAUGUCGCUCCAGAGGUUCUGGCCCAGAAGCCGUACAGUAAAGCUGUGGACUGCUGGUCUAUUGGAGUCAUCACAUACAUUCUGUUGAGCGGUUAUCCCCCCUUUUAUGAUGAUAAUGAAACUCGUCUGUUUUCGAAGAUCAUGCGGGCGGAGUACGCCUUCCACUCCCCCUACUGGGACAACAUCUCUGAAUCAGCUAAAGACUUCAUCAGGAACAUGCUGGAGAAAAACCCUAAAAAUCGUUUCACCAGUGAGCAGGCCCUGCGGCACCCAUGGAUUAAGGGGGAGACAGCGUGUAGUAAUGAUAUCUACCAGUCGGUGUGUGAACAGUUCCAGAAGAACUUCAAAUCCAAGUGGAAGCGUGCCUUCAAUGCUGCGGUGGUGGUCAACCACAUGAAGAAGCUGCAGUUAUCUCACAGUGAGCCGGCGGUUUCCCAGACCCCCCCGCUCAUUCAGGUGGUUGACGUGUCCGACAGGCUCCACCCAGACUGCGUCCUGGACUCCAACGGGAACCCGUCCACAGGUCACGCCACCCUGGCACCCAACGGAGACGCCAGCCGAACCCUGUGCCCACUGAAGGCCUGCAAGAGUGAACCCCACCACGCGCUGGUCGUCACGGAGACCGGAAAACACGCCUACCAUUCAGAGUCCGAGCUGUCGAGCACAGCCAGCGGUGGGCAGAGUGUGACGCAUGGGGUGAACAGAUCUGGUCAGCCGCUGCAAACCGGAGUGUGUUCUGUGAUGUGAUCAACACACUGCUGACUGACAGAUGCCAAUCACUACAGUGUUUAAGAAGUAAACACGUAUCUCCGUUUCCGGGUCUGGAUGAUCCGGUUCUGAGCGUGCACAGCUUUUCUCUGGAGGAUCCAAAACCACUCCGGAACCCGACUGAGCCCAGAGAUACAGCCGUGCCACACACACACACACACACACACACACACUCAUAAACACUGAUAUAACCACACACACUUUGGAAGCUUCUGUUCUUGUGUCUGAUAGGAGCUGUAUAUCCAUCCUGUUUCUGCAUUAAUAAUGAAAAACUACAUUUAUUUCAUUAUGAAUGAUAUUUUUAUGUAUUUAUUAUUCCCGUUAUAAAGGGACGAUAAGUGACUUCGCUCAGGAAUGCUGAGGAUGUGUGUGUUCGGGUCGACGGUGUUUCUUCGCUGAUUGUACACACUCAUUAACACUGUGUUUGUAGUGUGUGUGUCAGGUUUUAUAAAACAGAGCGUUUUUAUGCCUGAAUUCAUCACAGGUGGUUUAUUUUCUUACUUAAUGAUAUUUUUAUUCUGAUUUGUUACAUGUUUUAUUAUAAUAAUGUUUAUUAAUGAGCUGCUUUUGAGCUGUUUUUUGCUGCUUUUACUAAAGAAUCAAGGAUUCAGGGUUUUUUUAUGGAACCUUUGUGCCACUUUUUUGGUUCCACAGUUGACAGACGUGGGUAUGGGGAUGAGAGCUGUUAAUUAGAGCUAUUUGAUAUGACUCAAAACCUAGUAUUAAGAUUAUAUUACUAUAAUUAUGGUAAUAUUUUAGUACAGUAAAAGCCACGUGCUUAAAGAUCUGCAUUAUAUUAUCUGAUUUAAACAUGAUACAAAAAACCCCAAAAGGCAUCUGUGUCAUCAUCUGUAUAUCUAUAUAUGUCUUUUUACAGUAUAUUUUCCUGCCCUACAUGUUCAGAGAAUGCGUUUUGUUGCUUUUUCACUGCAAAAAGUAAUAUCUUGAUAAGGUGAAUGCUGGAUAUAUCAUGCAAGACCAUAACUGAUCAAAUCUGAUUGAGCGUUUGGCUUAAAAAUGCACAAAAAAAGUGAUUUUUGUCUUUUUUCUGGCUGCUGCGCCUGUGCAGAUCUCCACAGUGAGGGGGCGGGGUUUCCCCUUUUCGCAUGCUGACCCUCCUCUGCUCUCAGCACUGAAUCAGCAAUCUGAUUGGUUCUUUUUUUUGCUGAAGGGCGGGAUUUUAUCCCAUGAUUAGUUCUACGAGAAACCCCAUUCAUAUUGCAUUCUUUAUUAAAAAUUAACACUUCUAAUUAGAUACAUUCACAUGAAUUAAAACAUAUGGUUCUCAUAUAAGCUUAUAUUUAAUAUUAAACUACAUUUACAAAACAAUUUCCCAUUCUUGCAUGUGGUCAUGUUCUCUGAACUGCACACUUUGAACUGUAACUGAACUUUCAUCAAACUUUUGCUUUUUCUGCUGACAAUAAUCACAUGUGCAUAUUUAUAUAUAAUCACAUAUAAACCUUCUAUACUAAUGCCUGCUUAACAUAGAGAAUAUGUCACAUUAAUACAGUUAAACCAGUGAAACGAAUGAAUGCCAAGAAGUGUGUAUCUUCCUCCGGGAGGGAUUUUAAAGCUGAUUUAGGAGUGAAAUGCCAUUUUAAUUUUAAUGUUUUAUGUAUCAGAUAUUUAUUCCCAUGCCAAUAAUCUGCACUGGAAUGUUUUCAUCAAGUGAAUAUUUAUUAAAAUUCAUCAUUAAUCAU